CACGUGCGCAAAAACUGUUCACAGCCGUGAUUAUUGAAUUGAAAUUGAUAAGAAUUUUUUUAUACUCGUAUACAAAACGUCUCGUACAAUUAGAAGUUGAUCAUAAGUAUUAAAAAUGGCUUCGUACGAAGAGUAUGAUAAGGAACACCCAAAAAAUUUGAUUCCUGAACUGUGCAAACAAUUUUAUGAUCUUGGCUGGGUCACUGGUACAGGUGGUGGUAUAUCCAUCAAACACAAAGAUAAAAUUUACAUUGCCCCAUCCGGUGUUCAAAAAGAACGUAUCUGUCCGAAUGAAUUGUUUGUCCAGGAUAUUGAUGGCAAAGACUUAGAAUUACCACCAGCUGAGAAAAAGUUAAAAAAAUCACAGUGUACACCAUUAUUCAUGUGCGCAUAUUUAAGAAGAAAUGCUGGGGCUGUGAUUCAUACUCAUUCAAAAUUUGCUGUAAUGGUGACAUUACAUUGGCCUGGGAAAGAAUUUCGUGUUACUCAUCUUGAAAUGAUAAAAGGUAUAUGGAAUCAGAAACUAAAACGAUCAUAUCGUUACGACGAAGAAUUAAUAGUGCCGAUAAUCGAGAAUACUCCGUUCGAGAAAGACUUAAGGGAUGAAUUGGAUAAAACUAUUAUAGCUUAUCCGGAAGCGUGCGCGGUAUUAGUACGAAGACAUGGUGUUUAUGUUUGGGGCGAAUCAUGGCAGAAGGCAAAAACUAUGACGGAAUGUUAUGAUUAUUUGUUUGAUAUCGCAUUACAAAUGAAAUUAAGUGGAUUAGAUCCUCUUGCAACUCCAGAAGACCAUGAAUUAAAGUACCAAACGAAUGGAACAGUGAAUUAACAACACUAUUCUUAUUCUGUUCUUUUAUAAAUUGUAAUAAAUUACUCUUUUUGUAUAUUUCACAAAAUCGACCGCAUAUAAAUGUAUUUACAUAUAUUACA